UCAACUUUAAGGAUUGGCUCAUUCAGACUCCUCUGACCGCUUCGUGAAAACCACUUGCAAUCCAUUUUCUGAGAGUUUUCUGUUUCCUCCAACUUGGAUGCGUUGUCUUGUGUUCUUACCCAAUUCCAUAUUAGAAAACUUAAUUUAUCUGGCAUAGUAUGACUGUUGUGUCCUCUCCAAGGUCCUGUGAUCUAAUUCUAUGUGAAUGGGAAUGGUUGUGCUAAAUUGGAGAGCUUCUGUAGUGGGUUAUCAGCUACUUAUCUUGAAGAUCGAGCGUCACUGACCAAGCACCAGCUUGGGCCUUGUUCUAUCAUGAGCCUCCGGAACUUGACACAUCCUGUCAUUUCUCGAUUAUCAAUGGAGCGUUGGGUGGAGUUCCAUCUUGUUUCGGUGCUUGAUCAUCUGGUGGAGGAGCAGGUCGAGAACUUCGUGCUGGAAACGAUGAACUGGUCAGUGGGGAAGUUGAAUGUGUCCCAACUAUCUUUAGAUCUUCCUAACAUGGCCACGAGCAAUGUCCAAAAAAAUUCGGAGUUCAUCCUUCCACGGAUCAGAGGAUGAACGAAGGGCGACACACAUGACGAUGAGGUGGGCCUGCACUAUCUUUAGAUAACCGGUCGGAACUUUACUCGAUGUUCUUGUCUUCAACGCAAGCAACUUUUUAUGAUAGGGCGCCGUCAAGACAUUUGUACCGCUCAAGCUCUCUUCGUCCCAUUCCUGUUCUAUUAUUCUAAUCAAUGGAACUAGAUGUUGUGUAGGAGCUCAAAAUUGUGGGCCAAGAUACUAUAGAUAGACCCCGCAUUGCCCAUGGAAUGGAAAUCCUCCUGCCCUCCACAUGUUGUAAAGUGGUCAUCAUCGUCCCUUUUUCCCAAUCAGUGCGCGUAUGGCAGAAUCACAGCUGUGAGUUCGUGGGCAAAAAGAAGAGGAAAGAAAAGAGUUUGUGUGCGUUUGCUCUCUGUUUGUGGUGGAUAUGGGGUCGUUUCUGUGCAGUUACAAUGGGACACUCUUUGAACUGGGAUGCCUUCCUGGGGUUUGUGGAGAGGAUGGGAUUUUGCCAGUGGCAGUGGACUGCAACGCCAUGCCAUGCCAUGCUGUUCCUUUCGGCAAUGGAAGCAACUCUGGGCUUGGAAGAUUGGAUCCCAGCCUCAACUGCUUCUCAUGGGAGGCGGGCGGGGGACUCUGAGGUCAUGCCGAAGAGGAAGAAGUUGGUGAUCUGAUAGAUGAUUCUUCCUCUGCCCCUCCCUGCCUGGGGCUCGUCCGGUAUGGUCUGGUGGGUGGUGAUUGUCGCAUUAUGUCUACGACCAUGGCUGGUACUGACGAGCUCAGCUUCUGCUGCUGCAGCCUCCAUAGCUGCUUUGUGGAGGCCGGCCGGACGCAUUGUUGUUGUUUGUCGUGUUCUCGGCAGCAGAGUAGGGUGGGUUCGACCUGCUCCUCCCCCGACCUGCGCUGAUUGCUGCCUUUCGCCGUAAAGCUGCCUAGUUUUGGUAAGCCAAUGUGUCAUCCCUGUGGGACCCGACAUCGACAGUUGAGAAAUCUGAUGAGAGGACGACACUCGCCAUCAGUUUUUCUUUACGUUGUAACUUACGAAAGUCGAUCUACAACACUCCUCUUUUUCUCAGUGGUCGUUGUUAGAGUGCUUCGGAGUCAGAGAUGCAAGGACUGCUGCUACUGCUACUGCUGCUGCAGUAGCAGCAGCAGCUGCAGUCAUCCUCUCGGCCAUGGAGUCUUCCUCUGGAUUGAUUUGAGGAUCGGAUAGGCGGCCGCAGGUGGGACGUUUCUGGGUCCAGUGAUAGUGAUGGCGAAGCUGUGGUCGUGCAAUCAAAGAUCCUGAGGCAGUUCGCUCUAUCUACUGUAUCUGAAAGACACUAUCUGCUCCUUUUUUAGUUGCAAACAGCUCCCUCAUCGGAUUCCUCUAUCUGCUUUACGCAAGUUUCAACUUCUGCAACAUCUCCUUCUCUCAGUGUUCCUAUCGCAUCACUUUGUUGUCGGUUACAGCUUCGUCUCGUGACGUUUUCGCAUCCCCACACAGACAUUUACUACCUUAUCGGACAGGACUCGGAGACUCGACUUCAGUAGUGCACUGGCAAGACCAGACGUCGAAGCACCGACUUGGAGUCCAGUUCACAUCCCGAGUCAGGCGAUCUUCGAUGGAACCUCGAAUCUUCGGUUCCUCUAAUGAUCCAGAACGCCUAUCGAGGGAUUCUGUCCUAGGACCUAGAGACCACGGUGUGCAUCAUUUAUCCCUCUCAUUUCAGAACUCAGAAGCCUAGGCCAGUUGUGGCAAAAACUAUUCCACAUUACUCUGUAUGACAUGAGUUGCACUGUCUGAAGGAAACUAAGCGGCUCCAAAUAAUAGAUUCCAAGACGCGGCAGUGCGUUCGUCGCUAAGGAAUGAAGAAGAAAAGCUGGACAAUGUAACGUGAGAAUCAUGUCAACUUGACACCGAAAGAUCUCAGAAGAAGCCCGCUAGAUACGAUGCCGGGGCUGUCUGUCUACGAGUUGAAGAUGCUGAAACUGCAGCAGGAGGUUGAACCCUCGAACCACUUCGACCUUACUUGAAUAUGCCAGCGAGAAAGAGAAUAAAGCCAUGGCUGGUUGACUCAUGCCACACAGGACAGGAGGUAGGAGCCUGCACGUAAUCGGAGGAGAUUGAAGGAGAAGCAUUGUGGAAAGGAGGAACAAAUAAUAUAUUAUGCUUCCUAUGCUUCCUGCGACUAUUUAUGAAGUAAGGAUCCAACAUUCUUUUCAAUUGUCGACCCAACCUCUACUGGGUACGUGUCUAAGUGUACAAAGUCACUCAUCUAUAUAAGGACUGAAGUAGCCUUGAAGUUGCAUGCUCUGGAUUCUGUAGGCACCGUAGGCACUUUAGAUUCAGCACUUUUGGAUGGUUCAUUCGAGGUAAGUUCGAAUGUUACCUGAAGCGAAGCAUCUGAAUGACGACAUUCAAAGAGGGGCAUUUAUUUUAUACAAAUGAAUUGGCGCAACCAAACUCGGUGAUGACCUAAACAAAUGAUGGCAUGCUAUGACAUCACCUUCUUCGACAUAUUUAUGAUCACGGUCAGGUCAGUGCACCAUUUGCUUCCACACUCUCCGUCAGACACUCGGUUCGUAGAUUCAUAAAAUUCUCAAAGCUUCUCUGAACCUGCGGCCGUCAUGUCAAUCCCUUUUUCAUGCGGAAAAGGCUAGGGCGAGAGAGAAACUUAGGGCCGACUAGUAAUUCACAUGUUACAGGGAUAUAUUUUUUCCAAACGUUAAACACGUUAACAUUAUUCAGAAAUGUAUUGGGAUAAGUUAGAUUUUUAUUUAUAGUAUCGUAAGUGGAGUCACACAUGUGGGUUUUAUCAUAUGGGUUCCAAUUAGUCCAUUUUCAUGAUUGGAAAUGUUGCCAGCUAGUUGAAAAGUUAUAGAUAUCGGC